AUGGCGGAGCAUGGGCGGUUGAUGGGGGUCACGGGGGUGGGGCGAAUUUUGCCGGCGGGGGCCUAUGGCGGCCGGUCCGCGGCACGGUGGCGGGUGCCCGCGGCGGUGAUGCCGCCGGUGAGCAAAACUGUAGACCAUCUCCUUGCCCCCGCCUCCACGAAACCUCCACGACAUCCACGCCGACUCCGCACCGGGGAUGCCCAGCUGGGCUACCGCUUCGAGCUGGUGCCCGACCACAACAGCAACAUCACGGACUCGGCCGUGUGCGUGGCCGAGUCUAGCGUCCCGGCGGUCCGCGGUGGGCAGUUCGCCAUCGAUCUUACCACGGCCGGAUCCCCCGGGCGGGGCAGCAGCGAGUUGGGCCACGCGCUCUGGCCCCCGGGCGGCUUCGUGAUGUCGGCCGCCGUGCAGGAGGAGGGCCGGCGCGGCAGGCCCUCCGUGGGGAUCAGCGUGGCGCACUUCGGGUGCGCCGAGGACGCCGCCGCGUUCGUCGCUCUGGCAGCCGCCGUCGACCUCAGCAUGGACGUGUGUCGGCUCUUCUCCUGCAAGCUGCGCCGAGAGCUGUCGGCGUGAACGGCGAGGGGGGAGGGAGAUUGGGUGGUGAUCGGACGAACUUGUUUUCGUUGUUUGUCUGUAAUUCCGCUGAGUACUGGUGUGUUGUUCGUCUUCUACGUGCCUUUUGUAGCCUAGAAGAAGCCAUAAAACUGGGGUCUGGGGUGAGC